AUGGCGGCGCGGGAGGAGGACGAGGAGCCGCCGAUGCACGUGUACGGCUGCUUGCGGACGCAGGGGGUGAUCUACGAGCUGGAGGAGCAGGAGACCACCAUCGGGCGCGGCGAGGAGUGCGACCUCGUGCUCGAGGGCCACGGCAUCUCGCGCCUGCACGCGCGGCUGUCGUUCCUGCCCCGGGGCGCGGCCGGCGGCGCCGCGGCGCAGCUGACCGACGCGGGGUCCAGCAACGGCACCUUCGUGAACUCGGUGAGGCUCACCCCGCACCAGCCCCACGACCUCCACCACGGCGACUCGCUGCGCUUCUCCGCGCACGAGAAAGCGCUGUACGUGCUCGAGCUCCCCGGCGGCGGCCACCAGGCGGCGCCCGCGCCGCACCCCGCCGCCGACCGCCGCGCCGACCGCGAGCACCGCGCCCCGACGCCCCCGAGGGACGGCCGCGCCGCCGACCGCGCCGCGGGGCUGCCACGGCCGCAGCCGAGCAGGGCGCCGGUGGUGCUGCAGGGGCCGCCGUCGGAGAACGUAGCCGCUGCGAAGCACGACCAGCAGGCGCGCGACAGCGCACCGGGUCGGCGGGCCUGGUCGGCGCGCCCGCUGCCGCGCCGCGGCCGUGCGGCCGAGGCAGCAGCCCCAGGCGCAGCCGCCGCCGCCGGGCAGGGCUCCCGCUCGCGGGGCGCCGUCUCCCCCGCCCUCGCCGGCGUCGCGGGGGCGCCAGGCGGUGCCCUCGGGGCCUCGGGGGGCGCCCCCGCUGCAGAGGUCAUCUCCGACGAGCACGGCAUCGACCCCACCGGAACCUAUCACGGAGACUCCGACCUCCAGCUGGAGCGCAUCAAUGUGUACUACAACGAGGCGACCGGAGGUCGCUACGUUCCACGCGCGGUGCUGAUGGACCUGGAGCCCAGCACCAUGGACAGCGUCCGAGCAGGGCCGUUCGGCCAGCUCUUCCGCCCAGACAAUUUUGUCUUCGCUACCUCGUUGGCUUGGUUUCCUCUGGGAUUGGCCAUAGUCAUCGUUAAUUCUUUCAUGAUCUUCGGCCAAACAGGUGCGGGCAACAAUUGGGCGAAGGGGCGCUACACUGAGGGGGCGGAGCUGAUCGACAGCGUUUUCGACGUGGCACCAUCAAUCGGCACAGCGCUGGCGGCGGAUUACGUGGCCACCGACAUCGAUGGCGCCUGCAUCGCGGACUGUGUGCGGCUCCACUCUGACAGCCCCGUCUACUACAGGACUGCAGACGCUGCCGCCCUUCACAAGACGCAUCGGUCAGCAAUGUUCGACAUCGUUCUGUGCAUUGAGGUCAUUACUCAAAUGGAGCUCGAACACUUCGCUCUGUUUCUCGCUGGUGCCAAGCAUGUUUUACGACCAGGUGGCAUGAUUGUGAUCUCUGACCUGUUUGAGCUCCGCCACAUGGAGCAGCUGGAAAGCGUUUCCGAGGACAUCGGCUCGGGAGCGAACGACGAGGCGACAGGGAACGAGCGACGAGUCGACAGGCUCACACUGCGAGCAAAAGCCAGCCGCCUCGACCUCGGCCGAGCCGCUGGAGAUCUGGGGAUCCUCGCGGCGCAGGCGCUGGCGGUGGCGCAGCGGCUCACGGAGCCGGCCGCGCCCGCCGCCGCGCCCGCCGCCGCGCCCGCCGCCGCGCCCGCCGCGCCUGCCGCUGCGUCCGGCGUGGCGCCCAUUGCCGGGUCUUGGGCGCCCGCGCCGGCGCCGGCGCCCCCGCCCGCGCCGCCCGCGCCGCCGGCGUACGCCGCGGCGCCGUCGCAGCAGCGGGCCACCCAGCCAGCCUCGCCGAGCCUCGUCGAGCCGAGGCGAGCCGAGGCGCGUGCCGAGGCGCGUGCCGAGGCGCGGCGAGCCGCGCGGAGCGGGCCGUUCCAGGGUGGCCUGUCUGGAGAGGUCCGCACCACUCUGAAUCGUGCCCCGCCUGCGAUCGCAGGACCCUCGUGCCACCAGUAG